AUGGCUACGCUAGAAGAGUUGGACGCCCAGCAAUUGCCAGGAGAUGCGGAAUUAGAGAAGGAGAUUUUGAACUUGUCAACGCAGGAGUUGACAACAAGGGCCAAGCUGCUGGACAACGAGAUACGCAUUUUCAGGUCAGAAAUUCAAAGGGUAACACAUGAGAACAGUACGAUGGUGGAAAAAAUCAAGGAUAACAAGGAAAAAAUAAAGAAUAACAGGCAGUUGCCGUACCUGGUAGCCAACGUCGUGGAAAUUAUGGACAUGGAUGAGCUACAGGAUAAAGAAAACAGCGAAGCUGUGACGCAGAAUGGUAAUUUAAACUUGGAUAACGCGGCGGAAGGAAAAGCAGCCGUAGUUAAGACAUCCUCCCGACAAACCGUUUUUUUACCAAUGGUUGGGCUGGUAGAUCCGGAAACUUUGAAGCCAAAUGAUCUUGUCGGCGUUAAUAAGGACUCGUAUUUGAUCCUGGAGACUUUACCAUCCGAAUUCGAUUCUCGUGUGAAAGCGAUGGAAGUUGAUGAGAAACCCACAGAGACGUAUUCUGAUGUCGGUGGAUUAGACAAACAGAUCGAAGAAUUGGUAGAAGCAAUUGUUUUGCCCAUGAAACGUGCUGAUAAAUUCAAAGAGAUGGGUAUCAGAGCUCCAAAGGGUGCUUUGAUGUAUGGCCCUCCUGGUACAGGUAAAACUCUGCUGGCUCGUGCUUGUGCAGCUCAAACUAAUGCGACAUUUUUAAAACUUGCCGCACCACAGCUUGUCCAGAUGUUUAUUGGUGAAGGUGCAAAAUUAGUUCGUGACGCUUUUGAACUGGCUAAAGAAAAAGCACCAACAAUCAUUUUCAUUGAUGAGUUGGAUGCAAUUGGUACAAAAAGAUUUGAUUCUGAAAAAUCUGGUGAUAGAGAAGUGCAGAGAACAAUGUUGGAACUGCUAAAUCAAUUGGACGGAUUUGGCUCAGACGAUCGUGUCAAAGUAUUAGCAGCAACGAAUAGAGUGGACGUGCUUGAUCCAGCCCUACUGAGAUCUGGUAGAUUAGAUAGAAAAAUUGAAUUUCCUUUACCAACAGAAGAUGCGAGGGCACAAAUUUUACAAAUCCAUUCGAGGAAGAUGACCACUGCCGAUGAUAUAAAUUGGCAAGAAUUGGCAAGGUCGACUGAUGAAUUUAAUGGUGCACAGUUGAAGGCCGUCUCAGUAGAGGCUGGUAUGAUUGCAUUGAGGAAUGGACAGGACUCAGUGAAACAUGAAGAUUUCGUUGAUGCGAUUGGUGAAGUGCAAGCUAGGAAAUCGAAGUCUGUUUCAUUUUACGCAUGA